AGAGAAAGAAAAAGAAAGAGGCUCAUUUCCUCCACAGUGAGACACAAAAAGGGAACAACAAGAAGAAGAGAGAAAGAAGAACAUAAAAGACAAAGGAGCCAAAUGCUGGUACCCUUUUGAACUCUAAAUUGGAGGAUCGGGUCACGCAAUCGAAGAUCUCGGACCUCCGUAUCUGCACUUCACGUUCAAUUCCACGCCCCUUCCACAUUUCACUCCAAAAUUUCAAUUGUUGUUGAUGAUGGUUGGUUCCAAAUUGAAACGAUGGUUAAGAUUGCGUUUGCUUGCGUGAAAUGAUCCGAAGAGUGACCGAGAGUAGUGCUACCUUCAAUAUAGGAAAAUGAAGUCUGAUACGCUUCUUGAUUAUGCGGUAUUCCAAUUGUCUCCAAGGCGUUCAAGAUGUGAGUUGCUGGUUUCAAGUGAUGGAAACACUGAGAAACUGGCAUCAGGAUUGGUGAAGCCAUUCUUGACCAAUUUAAAGGUUGCAGAAGAGCAGGUUGCUCUAGCAGCUUCAUCAAUCAAGCUAGAAAUUGAUAGACAUAAAAAUGCAGAGGCGUGGUUUACAAAAGGAACACUUGAGAGGUUUGUGCGGUUUGUUAGCACACCAGAAGUUUUGGAAAUGGUCAAUACCUAUGAUGCAGAAAUGUCCCAAUUAGAAGCAGCACGAAGAAUAUAUUCUCAGGGGGCAGGAGAUCAGCGUUCAGAUCCACAGGGUGGGAAUGGAGUAGGGGCAAUAACAGUGGCAGAUGCUACAACGAAGGAACUCCUAAGGGCAAUUGAUGUAAGAUUGAGUGCAGUUAGGCAAGACCUAACCACAGCAUGUGCUCGUGCAUCAGCCUCCGGUUUCAAUCCCCACACCAUCACUCAUCUCAAACAUUUUGCCAAUCGUUUCGGUGCUCAUAAAUUGAAUGAAGCGUGUACUAAAUAUAUGUCACUGUACGAAAGAAGACCGGACCUUAUCAGUCACUGGCCAGGUGGCGAUGACAGGGAACUCCGAUCAUCAAUUAGUUCUGACAUGUCCAUCGACAACGACGAUGGGCCCAACCAAGCUCAGGCCCAGGUCCAGGAUCAACUCUCAGACCCACCAAAGCCCAAGUCUUUUUCCAACUUCGCUUCGCUGCGAAGAAGCAACACCAGCGUGAACUCGAGGGACGACACCAACGACGCCCCUGCCAAAGAGGAGACGGAGUCGCCGGCGUCGGCAACCGCGGCGUCGACGGCUCCGGCGGCUCGGAGGCUUAGCGUGCAGGACCGGAUCAACCUGUUUGAGAAUAAGCAGAAGGAGAAUUCCUCCGGGAAGCCACCGGAGCUCCGGAGGUUUUCCUCCGAUGUGCUGCGGCGGUGGAGCGGUGCGAGCGACAUGAGCAUCGACAUCAGCGGGGAGAAGAAGGAAUCGGAUAGCCCCUUGUCGUCCUCUGUUUCGCAGACGAAGUCCCUUCUUUCGGAAGAGAAGGAUCGAAACGACAACAAAUCGGAGAAGUUUGGGAAAACUGAUCAAGGGUCUUUUGAGGAGACAGGGAAAGUUUCCGUUUUUGACGAGGACAUGAACGGGGGGUUUAAGGAUCAGGUGGGUGGUGGUGGCGUUCCGGAGGCCGUAGCAGCGAAGAAGGGUUCAUCCGAGGUUGUUGUUGGUGGUUCUAUGUUGUCUUCUGGGGAUGAGGAUGUGAAGGUUUAUGGUGGGGUGAAAAAUCAUGUGGUUGCACCGUCACUUAUUAGGGGACCCCGAAGUCAUUCUCGAUCCUUAUCAGCACAGUUUGAAGGUGGCAAUGGACUCAAAAUGAGGGAUGUUUCUGUUCGUGUCGAUCAAUCUUCACAGAUUGAGGUUGAAGACUCUUCUUCAUUCCCGAACAAGGAUGAGGAUUCCCAAAUCCCAAGAAUGAAGUUCCAGAAAUCUCAACAGUCGAGCAUGACACAGGGUAAAAGGGAUGAAACUAACAGAAGUGCUCAUGAAUUUAGCAAGAUGAAACAAGUUUUAGAGACUCAGGACAAUGCACGUCCAUCCUCAACCCCACCAUUAGAGCAGCAACAUCAGAGGGUGAGGCAAGCUAAAGGAAAUCAAGGGCUGCAUGAUGAUCUGAAAAUGAAGGCUGAUGAACUUGAAAAGCUUUUUGCGGAGCAUAAACUGAGGGUUCCUGGGGACCAGUCAGGUUCUGCGAGGAGAGUUGAGCCGGCUGAUGCACAUAUAGAACAGUCACAGUAUAGGAAAGCUGGAGUAGGGGAGUCGACUCCUCAGUUGCCUUCCAGAAGCAAUGUGACUGAAGUGACUGCGAGUUCAAGCAGUCUGGCAAGCUUUGAUGCUAAGUCGGUUGCAAAGACGGUGGACAGUCACAAUUCUGGUGAUGCUUUGAGGCACAGUUUUUCUGAUCUUAACUUGAGUGAAGAUUCUAGAGGAAAGUUUUAUGAGAAGUACAUGAAGAAGAGGAAUGCCAAGCUUCGAGAAGAUUGGAGUAUGAACAGAGCUGAGAAGGAAGCUAGGAUGAAGGCCAUGCAGGAUAGCCUUGAGAUGAGUAGAGCUGAAAUGAAGGCCAAGUUUUCGGGCUCUAGCAACAAACAAGAUUUAGCAUCAGGUGCUCAUCGUGCCGAGAAACUUAGAUAUUUCAAAUCAAAUAUUAAGAGGGAGCAGCAUCCGAUAGAUUCCCUUCAGAAUGAAGAUGAUGAGUAUGUUUCUGAAUUCUCAGAAGAGAAAACUUACGGUGCUUCAAGGCAAAGUAGGAAAAAUUUUCCUAACAGACAUACAUCUUCAGUUACCCCUCGAACAACAGCUGUGUCGGUCUCACGUUCAUCUGGAAGGAGAAGAGACAACCCACUUGCUCAGUCUGUUCCAAAUUUUUCUGAUUUAAGAAAAGAAAAUACAAAGCCUUCUUCUGGAGUGGGUAAAACAACCCGUUCUCAGGUAAGGACGUAUUCCCGUAGCAAAAGCACCACUGAGGAUAUGCAAGGAGUCAAGGAAGAGAAGUCGAGGCAAGCUCAGUCUUUAAGGAAAAGUUCUGCUAAUCCUGCAGAGUUUAAGGAUUUGUCCCCUUUGAACCCAGAUGGGAUUGUUUUGUCUCCAUUGAAAUUUGAUAUGGACGAAACUGAUCUAGGCCCUUAUGAUCAAUCGCCUAGAUCUUUUCUUAAAAAGGGUAAUAACAUAGGUUCUGGUUCUGUUGGCAAUGCUAUCCGGAUGAAAGCUUCAAUGGCAACUGAUACUCAAAAAAAUAAAGAAUUUGAUGACCUUGAAUUUGAUGAGGAUGAUUCUUUGCAGAUGGGCACAGAGGAACAGGAUGACAUUGAAACUAUGGUUAUCAAAGAUAUUGCUUAUAAUAAUAAUGGAAAGGUGAGUCUGAGCCAGGAAUCCGGGAAGUCUGGUAAUUCUGGAUCUGAAAUUGGUGAUUCUACAAGGUCUUUUGCCCAGGUUGACCCUAUUUCAGGAGGUGAAAUGGCUUCUGGGUUUCCAUCAACAUUCAACGGUGUAAGAUCUGUGCAGGAUUCUCCUGUUGGAAGUCCUGUGUCAUGGAAUUCACGCGUGCCUCAUCCUUUUUCAUACCCGCAUGAGUCAUCUGACAUUGAUGCUUCCGUAGAUUCUCCAAUUGGAAGCCCAGCAUCUUGGAAUUCUCAUUCUCUUAACCAGGGUGACAAUGAUGCUGCCCGAAUGAGGAAAAAGUGGGGAAGUGCACAAAAGCCAUUUCUUGUUGCUAAUUCAUCCCAAAAUCAACCCCGCAAAGAUGUCACUAAAGGUUUUAAGAGAUUGCUAAAGUUUGGGAGGAAAAAUCGUGGAUCCGAAGGUUUGCCUGAUUGGAUCUCUGCAACAACAUCCGAAGGAGAUGAUGAUACUGAAGAUGGCCGAGAUUUGGCCAAUCGGUCAUCAGAAGACCUGAGGAAAUCAAGAAUGGGAUUCUCUCAUGGUCAUCCUUCUGAUGACAGCUUCAAUGAAAAUGAGCUGUUCAAUGAACAGGUCCAAUCCUUGCAAAGCUCUAUCCCAGCACCUCCUGCUCAUUUUAAACUGAGGGAUGAUCACAUGUCUGGAAGUUCUUUAAAAGCUCCCAAAUCAUUUUUUUCACUAUCAACUUUCCGAAGCAAGGGUAGUGACUCGAAAACCAGAUGAAAUUCCACUGAUUGGGCCUGGCAAGUAAUUGGGAUCAUCUCAAUGGUAGAGGUGUAAAGGACAAUAUUAAAUAUGAUACAGAAAAGAGAGGUAGGCUCGAUACAAUGAUCUAUAUGAAAGAUAUAUGUGAUUGGGGUUAUGUAUAUUUUCUUGGACUCAUGAGGUUUUCCCCUAUGAUUUAGUUAGUCAUGGUUGUGUUGAUAUAUGCUGCAUUCUGUAGUCAAUGAAGAGUCGCCUAUUGGUGCAGUGUCAUUGUAAUUUUGGCAGGAGUGGCAUUCUUUUGCUCCUUUAUUUUGAUUUUCUUGUGUGAUGUAUAUCAGAGUUGAACUCCUGUUAGAAUGAAUCAGUACAGUCAGAGUUAAGAAGAGUAAUGUGAUUGCGGAGCAAAAUAGUAGCUUUCAAAAGAUUAUUUCCCUCUCCCAUGAAAAGAACGAAUAAGAAUUUUGAUUAUUUCAAAA